UCUCGAUUAUCAUCAAUUUUAUUCUUCUUUUACUGUCUAUUUCGCCAAGUCACCUGGAAAAUGGCUGAAAGUGUUCCUCAGCAAGCGAGUGAUAUAAAUGCGGAAGACCAUCAAGCGUACAUGAAAUUUGCGCUAUCUCUUGCUACCAAAUCCCCGCCAAAACCUACCAACUAUCGAGUCGGAGCAUUGGUCGUGGACAUAGCUACGAACGAGAUCUUGGCAACAGGGUAUACACUCGAGCUUCCCGGUAACACUCACGCUGAGCAAUGCUGCUUUGAGAAGCUUGCAGAAAAGUACGAUAUUGCAGCAACCCGCAUAGGUGAAGUCCUCCCGAACCAAGUCGCACUUUACACCACAGUAGAGCCAUGUUCCCAAAGGCUCAGCGGAAACCUACCGUGUGUGGAUAGGAUAUUAGCCAUAGGGAAUAAGAUCAAGACGGUUUACGUCGGAGUUCAUGAACCGGAAAAGUUUGUUAGCGAUAAUUCUAGCAAGCGGAAGUUAGAGAAUGCCAACAUCGGGUUCGUGCACGUCUCCGGAUUUGAAAAGGAAAUAUUAGAAGUUGCAACAGCAGGUCAUGAUAAGGCCAGCUAAAUGGAACUGCUGAUGGAACUAUUUGCUGUCAUUAUGCAUACUAUUGUAUCUGACAUCCAUCACUUCACCUUGGCCAGAAGCACGUAUCAAUACAUUCUAUUGAUGUAUAAGUAGACUACUGGGGUAUAAAGGAGACAUUGUCUAAAAAAGGAAUUGGAUGGGCUUAAAGAAACCCUGGGAAAAUAUGACCAUUAAGAAUAAAUUUAUCUUCGAGUUGGAUCCAGAUGAUGCAUGAGGAGGGGUCCUUCUGAGAGAAUAAGAAGAAACAUAUAUAACACCCAAAUCGAAUUAAAAAAAUCAAGUCACAAAAGAUAAAGUCGAACCUAAUUCGAGGGUCGAACAUGUCAGAUAGCGCUGUUUUAUGAAUAAAUAACCUUCAAAGUUACCAGGGAGAAAGCAAAAAAAAAAGAAAAA